AUGGCAUUGAGCGUCUCGGAAGAGGCGCUUCCGGACGGUGACGUGGACGAGGCGCGCGCCGCAGCGGCCGCUGCGUUGCUCGAGAGCGAGCUCCUCCAAAAACCGCCGGGAAACGCGGCGGAAAAUGCCGCUGGGGAGUUGGGGAAGGGAGGAGCGGAAGCGAGCGGAAUCGGAGCUGCAAGCGCUGCGUCUGCGGUUGCCGCUGAGCCGCAGGCGAACGUGACAGUAACGAAGGGGUCCAAACGGGGGAUAACAGUGAAGGGGAGGAAAGUGAAAGUUGGAGGUAGAACAGGAGGGGGAUCAGAGGGGGAAGGCGACGACAGCGGGAGUGAGAGUGACAGUGGUAGUGGCAGUGACAGUGGAGGAGAGGAGGUGUUCCAUGUGGUGUGGUCGUCAAGAGACAGCAAGAUAGACUAUCUCGGGGAGAGCACUAAGGGGGAUAUGGUGCUCCCCGAUCUCCCCGUCGACCUCGAGAACGAGGGACGGCGAGCGUUUGAUCUGGACUUGGGUGCGGAUGUGGGGCCGAUAGAGGAGCUCGCCAAGGCAGAGGCCGAUGAGGCAGAGAUGCUGCUGGAGCAGCUGGGUGUGCCUCCCCAGUUCCCCCAUGGGUUGGCGUCGCGCGGCAUCUUCUGCAGCCGCACUCUCAACCUGCGUUCGAUCACGACCAUCGGAUAUGACAUGGACUACACUCUGAUUCACUAUAACGUCAAUGCCUGGGAGGGCCGAGCCUACGAUUACGCCAUGGAAAACCUCCGAGCCAAGGGGUACCCGACCGAGGGGCUGAGGUUCGACCCGGACCUGGUGAUCCGAGGGUUGGUGAUGGACAAGGCGAGUGGCAACCUGGUGAAGUGCGAUCGGUUUGGGUUCGUCAAGCGAGCCAUGCACGGCACUGAGAUGCUUUCGAAUAAAGCCAUCAGCAAGCUGUACGGCCGCGAACUAGUGGACUUGCGGAAUGAGGGAAGGUGGGAGUUCCUGAACACGUUAUUCAGUGUGAGCGAGGCCGUGGUCUACAUGCAGAUGGUUGACCGCCUUGACCAGGGGCUGCUGCCUGCUGAGGUGGCACCGGGGGACUACAAGACCCUUUAUAAGGUGGUGGCAAGAGCUCUCUUCCGAGCCCACGUGGAGGGGCAGCUCAAGGCGGAGAUUAUUAACUCGCCUGAGAAGUUUGUGGAGCUGGACCGGGAGCUGCCACUCGCUCUCUUGGACCAGAAGCUGGCGGGGAAGCGGCUGCUGCUCAUCACCAACUCGGACUAUCAGUACACGCACCGCAUGAUGACGCACGCUUUUGACCGGUUCCUGCCUGAGGAGAUGACGUGGCGCUCAUUGUUUGACAUGGUGAUCGUGUCGGCUCGCAAGCCCGAGUUCUUCUCCAUGGCUCACCCGCUGUACGAGAUCGUGACACCCGACGGACUCAUGCGACCGUGCUUCAAGGCCAAUUCCGGAGGCUUGUACUGUGGGGGAAGUGCGCAGAUGGUCGAGAAGGCCCUGGGUUUCGCAGGAGAUGAGACGCUGUACGUGGGAGACCACAUCUACACGGACGUGUCGCAGUCCAAGCUGCACCUGCGCUGGCGCACGUGCCUCGUGUGCCGGGAGCUGGAGCAAGAGGUUGAAGCCCUGAUUCACGGGCACGACACGAGGCUGAGACUCAUAGAUUUGAUGGCUCAGAAAGACAGGGUGGGAGACUGUUUUAACCAGCUGAGGCUCGCCCUGCAGAGGCGCACGCAGGGGCAGGCGGCACAGACGGCAGCGGUGGGGGAGAUGGAGGAUGGGGAGCUGGUGAGGAGCAUGCAGCGGCUGCUGUGGAUCAUGGCGCGGCUCGACGGGGAGAUUGCUCCCUUGCUGGAGACUGAUGGGGCUGCUUUUAACGACCGAUGGGGAUACCUCUCUCGAGCUGGACUUUGGGAUAAGAGCCACAUUACCCGGCAAAUAGAGAAAUAUGCUGACAUCUACACCUCAAGAGUUUCCAACUUCUUGCGCUACACCCCGUUCAUGUACUUCCGAGCACAGGGGCAGACACAUGGCCUAUGA